AUGGCUUCUGGUGACGUGACCUACCCUAACACGGGCAGCAUCAGCGAUGUUAUUACCAAGGGCCCAAUUGUCGAUAAUGUGAAGUCCGAAGCAUUCCGCACCGGCAAUGAGUUUCGCGAUCUGAAAAACUCGCGUGUGACCCCCUCGACCACCACCACCGAUGGUCAACCAUUGACCCACUACCACUCCUUGAUGCAUAGCCUUCUGAGCUGGGAACAACCCCGUGCGACCGCCGUUUCCUACGCCAGCGUGAUCUGUUUCAUCUUCGCCGCCCGUUAUCUGCCCCUCCUCCGCUGGGCCUUCAAGUUCCUGUACAUGUCAUUGGGAGCGACCGCCACCGUCGAGAUUGCUGGCCAAGUCAUCCUCAAGCGGGGAAUCGCCAGUGGAUUCCGCCCCCGCCGUUACUACACUGUCCCCAAAGAAACCGUUGAGGCUGUCCUCGAGGACUUUGAACAGCUUGUGGACUUCUUCCUGAUCGAGUUCCAGCGCAUCCUGUUCGCUGAGAAUGUCCUCCACACCGUUUUGGCUUUCACUGCUGCUUUCACCGGCUACUGGCUGAUCCGCUUCGUUCCCUUCUGGGGCUUGGCCGUCAUUGCCGUGACCACUACAUACUUCACCCCCCUUAUCUACAUCAGCAACCGUGAGAUCAUUGACGAGCAGAUCGCCAACCUCCAGCAGAUCGUCAACUCCCAGACCAACCAGCUUCGGGACAUGGCUGGCGAGCAUACCUCGCACGCCACCGGCUUGAUGAAGCAGUAUGUCGGCGAGUACAGCUCCAAGGCCCAGGAAUACAUUGGCACCCGCCGCUCUACCUCCCCGGAGGCGACCAAGCUUGUGAGCCCGGUCAAGCGUGAGACUGUGGCCGAGUCUGCCAAGACCGAGCCCAUUGCCGACUUCGCUGCUCCCGUCACUGCUCCCGUCACUGCUCCCAUCACUGCCCCGGUUACUUCUGAUGUCGAGCCCGUCGUCAAGCACGAGGACUUCCCCGAGGCCCCCAAGGCCGCUCCUAUCGCCCAGGCUCUCGAUUCUGACAUUGUUGCGUCUGUGGAGCCAGCAGAGCAGGCUGGUGACCGUGAGCCUCUUCUGGCUAUUUAA